AUGAAAAGGGAUCUUUUUAAAAAAGAAACCGAUGAUCCCGAAAAUUUUCUGAUGAAAGUACAUUUAAAAUUCCAGGGUCCAUCCUAUAAAAACGUUUUAGAGGCAAGAGAUGCCAUACAAUUCGAUUUAAAACUCAAAAAACUGUUAAUGGAUUAUCUUAAACGCAAUGUUUCGAUUAAAGAGAAUCUGAAUGUUGUUACAAACUUCGAUUUGAUGUCAGAAACAACAAAAUUUAACUAUAUAACUCUUUUAUGCUUACUUCGAAUGAAUGUUCCUGAAGAGUUUCUUCAAACAGAAACAUUAAAGCAGUUAUAUUACUCAUAUACAUUACCUCCAAAAUUACCAAUUAUCAAUGAGGCAGCAGUUGAAAUUAAUCAACAAAAACAACAAGAGAAUCCGCCUGAAAUACAAUCUGCACCGUUUACUAGCGAGUUCUUUGCCGAAGUUGAGAAUAUUUUUGUUAAAUACCCACAAUUUGCCGAAAAAAUCAUUUCAGAAAAAUUUGAUUCAUCAGGAGUUAAACAAUUUCAUGAUACAAUUAAAAUAUUCUUCUCGUGUGAUCGUACUGCCGAAGCUGUUACAGCUGUUGUUCGCUUUUAUAUACUCCCUUACAUAAAAAACCUAAAAAAUCUUGCAAAUCGUCUUGUCGUUGAGCCACUGAUGUCUGUAUCUCAAUGGUACCCGAAAGUGAUUGUUUCCGAAGUUUUCCAACCCGUUUUAUUCGAUCCAAACUCAACAGUUUAUCAAUUUCAGAUUAUUCAAAGACUUUUCGAAGCAAAAAGCAUCCAAUCGCUCACAUUACCAGGAGUAUUCGAAGGACGACCUCCUUCAUUAGAAGGACCUCUUUCUGACGAAGCUCUCAAAUGGUUGGUAAAUAUCAUUCCUAAAACGCCUCAGUUGCAGAAUUCUGAGCAAGAAACUGUCUUAUUGCAUAUAAAAAUGCAGAUGGAUCAUCAAAAGAAAGAUGCACAAAGAGCUUUUAUGUUGUUUUUGAAAGGACAACAUUUGGAAGGCCAAAAUAAGGAGAUUGCUACACAAAUGAUCGAAAAUCUUCCAGAAGUGCUUAAAUCUAGAGCUCUUCAGAUGAUCUGA